AGGUGAGUUCUCAUUCAUAACCUGUGUGUCCGAGUGAUACUAGCAAGUUAGUGUGUAUACCCAUAUCUACCUACGUUUUAAUACAAAGUCGCACUUGUGGAACUUUUACAUAUCACUUCAGCAAAAUGCAUACCUGUGUGUUUUCGAUGUUUCAAUUCAUGUCGACUAUCUACAUGUCAGUUAUUUACCUGUCCUGGCUAUCCCGCGCCUCACCUAUAGACAGAUGCAAGUCAGCCAUCUCAAUUUUCUCCAGCAGCGGGGCUUACAUUGAAUCUCUCAACAAAAGCCGGGUGGCUCUACCUGUGUUACAGAAAGGGUUCAUGACUGGCCAUGAGAUGAAAUUCGAGUUCAAGACAACGUCUCCAAACGGCGUCCUGUUCCACAUGACUCCCGAGCGCCGACAGAACGAGCUUGUGGCUCUAGACAUCAUUAACGGCCAUCCGAGGUAUCACAUCCGGUGUAAGCAGAUCGAGGCCACCCUUACUCUGUCUCGUAUACGCGUGGACGAUGGAAAAUGGCACAAGAUUGUGUUCAGGAGAAGGAACAACCGCGGUAAACUUUUCGUCGACCGCUCUCCAUAUUUCCAUGACUACCGUGUCGACUGCGGUGCAUUGACGUCCUUGACCUUUGGAGGCGUCGACCCGAUCCGGAAGUACGACAGUCUACGUAGAGAGUUGAACACGAAGAGAGGUCACUUCAUGGGCUGUAUCCGGCGCGUGGACGUGUCGACGGGAGUGGAACAGAGUCGAGCUCAGUACCAUGGUGUCUCCGAGUGCUCUUGAUCACGUAGCACGAGCACAGUAUUUGCAUUCUGUGAUAAUGGCGCCACAUCCUCGUGUUUGGGGAUGACGUCAUCACAAAAAUUACGAGGAAAAUACUCUCUUCCCAUAUACGUCAAACAUAUCAGCAUGUAAAUUCCCGUAUAUAAGAAAUGUGUUCAAUGAAGAGUUUAAAAACCUCAGGGUGGUCUGUUCUUGGAUAUACAGACACGAGUUAUCUGCCCUUUGUUUUAAAAGGUCGUGGAUGAGAUAGACUAAGUACAGUAUUAAUUGACAGAAGAGCGUGCUCCCUGUCGUGAAUAUACUAUAUCCGUUUAUGAUGAGGAGGACGAACAUCAACUUCACGAACUGUUUAUAUUUAUAUAAGUGCUUGUUGUUUGAAGGUAUUCUUCAUUUUAACUUAUUGAAUAUGUUGCAUCGUGAAUCCUUCUCCAGACAAGCUGUAUAGAAUUGUGAAACAAAUCGCAUUGUUCAUCAUGUCUCCCAUUGACAGGUGGAGGCCACAGUGAGAAUGUGACCUUGUCAAAGGUCAUUUAGUGUUGUUUUUAGGAAAGGGGAAAAACUGUUGUAAUGUUGUUUUCUCUUUUUAAGUUUUUGUGCAUUUAUAAGUUGUUAUCAAUUGUUUUUUGUACAUAAAUAUGUUGUUGACUUUACAUUGUAUUAAAUUUAUUCAAAUUC